AUGAACAUACAAAGAUCGAACCCCAUUACAAUCACGAGAUAUGGGAGAUCGCGGAAUAAAACCCAAGAUUUUGAAGAAUUAUCGUCCGUGAGGUGUACGGAGCCCAGCCAGAGCUUCAGCCCCAACCUCGGUUCCCCGAGCCCCCCCAGAGACUCCCAACCCGUCGCAUUGCGUUUCCUGCAUUGGGAAAUACUUAUUGUUGGAGCCUCUGGAGGGAGACCACGUUUUCCGAGCCGUGCAUCUGCACAGUGGAGAGGAACUGCUCUGCAAGGUUUUUGACAUACGCUGCUAUCAGGAGUCACUAGCUCCCUGUUUUUGUCUACCUAUACACAGCAACAUUAACCAAAUAAGUGAAAUCAUCCUCGGAGAAGCUAAAGCGUACGUGUUCUUUGAGAAAAGCCAUGGAGACAUGCAUUCUUUUGUUCGUACCUGUAAAAAGCUCAAAGAGGAAGAAGCAGCCAGACUGUUCUAUCAGAUCGUGUCAGCAGUGGCGCACUGUCAUGAUGGCGGUGUGGUACUGAGAGACCUGAAACUUAGGAAAUUUGUCUUCAAUGAUGAAGAAAGGACUCAAGUCAAGUUGGAAAGUCUGGAAGAUGCCUAUGUUCUGUCGGGAUCUGACGAUUCUCUAUCAGACAAACAUGGUUGUCCAGCCUACGUUAGUCCAGAAAUCCUGAACACCAGUGGCAGCUACUCUGGCAAGGCGGCUGAUGUAUGGAGUCUAGGUGUAAUGCUGUACACCAUGUUGGUUGGACGAUACCCAUUUCAUGACAUUGAACCUAGCUCUCUAUUCAGUAAAAUCCGUCGCGGCCAGUUUAACAUUCCAGAGGCAUUGUCACCCAAGGCGAAAUGUCUCAUACGUAGCAUUCUUAGACGGGAUCCGUCAGAAAGGCUUACAUCUCAAGAAAUUCUGGACCAUCCCUGGUUUUCCACAGAUUUCAAUGCAUUGAAUUCAGGAUAUGGUGCUAAGGAAGUUUCAGAUCAACUGGUGCCUGAUGUCAAUAUGGAUGAGGAAACGGACCCCUUUUUUAAUUGA